CGUGCGUUCUGCGCUGCUAGCCUUGCCUCCACCUACUCCUACAUCAUCUCCUCGUCCACACUCAUCAGCAUGCCGCCAGCUCCCGCCGGCGCGCCGUCAGCGGCCACGACGCGGCGCCUGAUGAAGGAGUAUGCCGCCGCACAAGCCGAGCUCGGGGAUGCGUCAUCCUCCUCUUCCUCCAUGCCCUCUCUGCUCGUAGCCGACGUCGACGCGGGCACCGAAGGCGGCGAUGAGCUCUUUGGCGACGCAGCCGAGCUGGCGGCGCAAGCGAGGGCAGAGAAGAAGGAGCGAAGAAGAAAGGGCGCGAAUCCGGAUCUGCUGGAGCUGAGACCGUACGAUGCGGAAGGAGAGGAUCUGUUCGAUUGGGUCGCGGUCAUUCGAGGACCGGAAGGGGGGUCGUAUCAGGGCGGCACAUUCCAAAUCGCCAUCACCGUGCCCCCAUCCUAUCCGCUCAAGGCGCCCUCCAUGAUGUUCCGCACGCGCAUCUGGCACCCCAACGUGCACUGGACGUCCGGCGAGAUCUGCCUCGACGUCCUCGCUGGUCAAUGGAGCCCCGCUUGGACCUUGAGCAGCGCCAUGACUGCCGUCAUUGCACUUCUGGACGCGCCGGAAGCGGAUAGUCCGCUGAAUGUGGACGCUGCUACGGUGCUGCGCACGGGAGACAUGAGAGCCUAUCGCAGUGCUGCCCGCAUGUACACACUGCUGUAUGCCGCUGGCGAUCAAUGACAAGCUCGCGAUGCAUGCGCUGCC